UCCCAGGCGCCCUUUGUUUCCUGGGCAGCUCUGUGGCCAUGGACGUGUUCCAGAAGGUAGAGAAGAUCGGAGAGGGCACCUAUGGGGUGGUGUAUAAGGCCAAGAACAAGGAGACGGGGCAGCUUGUGGCCCUCAAGAAGAUCAGGCUGGAUUUGGAAACUGAGGGAGUCCCAAGCACUGCCAUCAGGGAGAUCUCCCUGCUCAAAGAGCUGAAGCACCCCAACAUCGUCAGGCUGCUGGACGUGGUGCACUGUGAGAAGAGGCUGUACCUGGUGUUCGAGUUCCUCAGCCAGGACCUGAAGAAGUACAUGGACUCCACGCCGGCCUCCGGGCUCCCCCUGCACUUGGUCAAGAGCUACCUCUUCCAGCUGCUGGAGGGGGUGAGCUUCUGCCACUCCCACCGGGUCAUCCACCGAGACCUGAAGCCCCAGAAUCUGCUCAUCGACGAGUUGGGUGCCAUCAAGCUGGCUGACUUUGGACUGGCGCGAGCCUUCGGGGUGCCCCUACGCACCUACACCCACGAGGUGGUGACACUUUGGUAUCGCGCGCCUGAGAUCCUCUUGGGCAGCAAGUUCUAUUCCACGGCCGUGGAUGUCUGGAGCAUUGGCUGUAUCUUUGCCGAGAUGGUAGAGAGAGGGACAGACAUGGCGACAGGGAGGCCACAGGCAGGGUCCUGUGGGGUGGGGGAAAAGAUCGGGAUUCUGAGCACAGCCGUAGGAGGGAUAUCUUAUCUGGUGUUGGAUUCUGUAGGACAAGGGAGUGGACCCCACACCCCAUCUCCCUCAUUGCAGGUAACCCGUCGAGCCCUGUUUCCUGGCGACUCUGAGAUUGACCAGCUCUUUCGAAUCUUUCGAACCCUGGGGACGCCCGAUGAAGCCAUGUGGCCAGGAGUCACCCAGCUGCCUGACUAUAAGGGCAGUUUCCCCAAGUGGACCCGGAAGGGGCUGGAGGAGAUUGUACCUGGUCUGGAACCAGCGGGCAAGGACCUGCUCAUGCAACUCCUGCAGUACGACCCCAGCCAGCGGAUCUCCGCCAAGGCCGCCCUCGCACACCCGUACUUCUUGGCCGCUGAGGCCCCCCAGGCCCCCCACCAGCGCGUGCUGGAGCGUUUCUGCCGCUAAGAGGGUGUGAGGCCCUCGGAGCCUCUCUCCACUGCUGCCCCGGCUGCCUCCCACCCUCUUCUUGAGAAAGAGGACCUCUCUGGGAGGGAGCAAAGCUGAGGAAUUUGGCAUCAGCGGCCAGAGGGCUGAGUUUGGGUCAGUCCUGCCCGCAGGUUAAGGAGUUCUGUGUUGUUUGUUGGGUUUGACAGUGCGGUUCAAGAGGGGAGCCCCGUGCGCCAGGGGUGUGUUAGAGGCUGGGCCCCCUGGCGCUUGGAAAGACAGGGGCCGAGGAGAGGAGGAAGGCUGCCCCCAUGUGGUGGCAAGGCAGAACCAGAUUCCUGCCCCCCCCAAGGGAAAGGGUGCCCUCUGCUGGUCUUUUUGGCUUUAAAAUGUUUGGGGGAAAAGUUGCAUUCCAGUUAAGAGUCCAAGUUAAACAGGAAGUGGGGCCAGGGAGAGAGAGGACAUUUUCCUGAUCUCAGGGGAGAUCAGGGUGUGUGUCUGGCUGUUCUAAGUAGCUGUCUUGUACUUGGGAUAUGCUUACGUUGUUUGCCUCUGGCUUUAAGAACAGGAAAUAA